AUGGAGCAGAUCCUCCCGGAAGCAAUGGCAAGGCACAUGCGGGACAAGGAGGUGAUCCGAGACAGCCAGCACGGCUUCACCAUGGGCAAAUUGUGCCUGGUCGGGGGCAGAGACACACCCCCACAGCCCCACCAGUGCUGGAUCUGGGCGCUACGUACCGGGCGGGCCCUGAGGGAGCCGCGAGGGGCGCGAGGCGGGGCCAACUGCCACCACCUCCCCCCUCGGGCGGGGCAAACGGACCCGGACCCGUAGCAACCUGCGCGCGCGGCGGCGGCCAUGUCGCGGGUGCUGCUGCGGGGGGCACGGCCCCGGCCCCGCGGCCCCGCCGCCGCCGCCAGGAAGGGCCCGAGGAAGGCGGCGGCCAGGCGGGACUGGGACAGUACUGUCCAUGAUCUGACAGUCCACCGUGCCACUCCUGAGGACAUCCUGCGUCGCCAUGAAAUACAUAAAUCAAAAAACAAAGCACUGGCCCAUCUAGAACUGCAAGACAAGGCACUGAAAAGAAAAUGGAAGAAACAAAAGCAACUGGCCCCUGAUUCUUUGGAGAAGAGGAAAUUGGCUCUGAUGCGUGAGAUUCUCUCUGAUCAGUACCAUUUGCAAGAUGUAUUGGAACGAUCUGAUCAGGUCAUGGCUGUGGCAAAAGACUUGUUUGGGGAUGCUCCUCGCACACGAACAGGUUUCCCUAAUGUAACAGUGGCUCCUAACUAUGACCUAGAAUCAUCUCAAGGACCCAUCAUACAAAAACACGAUCCUCCCACUGAGCUUUCUAUCCUUAGUGAAUCUGUCAUGGAUUCCCAGGCUCUUAAUGAAGUGCAAGAAGCAGCAUUAUCCAUCUGUCAAUCGGAAGAUGGACAGCAUGAAUCUCUGAAUUUCAAAUCCAGCGUCAAUGCUGACAGGCUGCUUCAGAUACUGAGAGAAGAAAAUUCGUCGGUGAAUUCUCGGUUGUGGGCUGAAAGGGGUAUGAGAAGAACUACCUUAUCACAGGAAGUACCUUUGACUCCUCCAACAACUUUUUCUCCAUCAUUGGAUCGUUCAGCCCUCAAUGCUACCAGUGUAGUCAAGAGAAUCCAUUCAAGACUUCAGAAUGAAGACGAAGAAGAGACAGUAGACUCGACUUAUACUGUGAGACAAGUGCUGAACCCAAACUCAGGAAAACAAAAGCAAAUUUCAGCAAAAAUGAAAAGAAAACAAACUGUACAGAACUCAGCAAGACAGAGGAGAGAUGAUUCUCUUGCUAAUUCAAUCCCCAUUGACCUUCAGAGGGACAAUAAAUCCAGUCUAGAUGUUCUCAGCUGUAUGUUACACGAAGUGGAGCAUGAACUGGAGGAAUAUGAGCGAUGUACAGGCCGUGAGGUUCAAAAAGCUCAGAGAAGUGAAGGCCUCACCGGAUUUACCUUAUCCCUGGUGAAUGCUCUCUGUCGUUUGAUGCGCUACCUCAAAGAGAGUGAAAUACAACUGCGUGAGAAAGAGUUGAUGAGGCAACGUCACGAGGAGAUGUUGAAUGAGCACCGAGAACUGAUCGAUGCUUUGACUGCAGAAAUACUCCUAGUGAGGGAAGAAAACGUUACUAUACAGAAGAAACUUCAGCAAUACAUGAUUGUAACAGAUGAACAGAUGACCUCUCUCACUCAAGCAUUUAAAAGUCUCCCUUUGGUAGAACCCAGAAGAGAACAAAGUCCAAACCAUUUUGGAACUGCAAACAAAAGUCCAGCAAAUGGCCAAGAAAAAACUGAUUUGAGCUAUUUUGAGCCCAGGAGCGAUGAAAGCAACAGAAAUAUGCUGAAGUUACCACAAGAAGAGCUGCCUUUCAAGUUUCCUCAGAAGCCAAGUGCCUCAAGUGGUGUAGGAGCAGGCAGAAGCUUGCCGGCUCACAUCUUCCAGCCAGCUGUACUGUUGUCACCACCCCGGCAGAAGAGCAAUCAGGAGUUGUCUCCCCUCCAGAAUGUAUUUACAACAAUUUCUCAGUUUUCAGUAAACACUGAGAGAGAACCAGGCAAAGAAAAGAGCUCACCUUCCUCCCUGAGAACACAGAGCACAACUGAGGAAACCGGUCUCAUCACUCAAAGGCAACCAAUUCCUAAUGCAGACAAAGACUUGGAGAGUUCCCAAGAGAAAAUCAGUCUGUCCUGCCCAGCCGAUGCCAGAAAAAACAGCUCAAUUGAAGAGUUCUCUCAAAGCAGUGAUCUGUUGGGACAGAUAGCUGAGAUCACACGGCAGAACUCACUAAUUAAAACUCAGCUGAGCGAAUUGAAAAGCUUCUCAGAAGACAAAAGUGCCUGCCUACAUCAGCCUGACUCAAUACAAAAUACAAAUCCUAGUUCAGACUCUUCGCAAGGACAGACUCAUCUCGUGGUAACGAAGAGCUUGGAGGAAAGAAUAGCAGAGCUGAAUCGUCAAAGUACAGAAGCACGUGAUAAGCUGUUGCAGCUAAUAGAUCAGCAGAAAGUAGCGGCUGCCGGUCUGGUCUCUCCAGUGAUAUCUUCUGUUCUGCCCCCAUCCCUAAAUUAUACUGACAAUGCAAGGAGGACGAUUGAAGUGUCUAUUCCUGUGGCAGCUUCUAUGGACAGCUCCAAGAAGAUAGUGUUUCCCCUGCCAGUGUGAACCAGUGUGAGAAGGUCUGUAGGGGACUCUAGCAAACCUUGUUCACCCCUAAGUGCCACAUCAGAAAUCAUGAAAUUAACUUCUGUCAGUCAAAGGCCAAAGGCAGAAAAACAAAAAGGAGGUUGGUUUGCAUUGUCAAUGCAUAUUAUGUAAGGAAGCUGCGCUCGAGUCCUUUUUUAUUUUAAUUUUCUUAUGAACCGCAAUUUGGAUCACUGUAGUCGCCCUCUCCAGAUGUACAGUUUAAUUCUGGAGCGCUUUCAUGUCAGUAUAAAAAGGUCAAUAUGGUAUAAUACUAUGUAUGGCACAAAUACAAUAAGGAAUUCCUGGGAAUGAGUUUCCAGACUGGAUGCAUUGCAUCACCUGUUUUCAAAGACGCUGCUGUAGCAAUACAAACGGGCUGCACGCCUAUCCAAUACCUGUAUUACAUAUGCUGAAGAAAGAAGGAUCUAGAAAAUGUAUGUGGAACAUUUCUGGAGCAUGUAUUUGCACAUGACAUGGGAUUGAAAAAAUUCCAGAAAAACUCAGAUGACAGAUACGCACAUACAUUCAAAAACAACCUGGAGAUUAGGAAGCCAGUCUAUUUCUGCUGGAUGAGAAUUGCUUCAGAAAUAAUUCCUUCUGUGUUUUACAGUUACCCCCCCCAAAUUUGUAUUUUCUGUUGCAGUUAGUAUGUCAAGGAUUGCUUUUGGACUUGAGGAUUGCUUUUUAAAUAUCUUUUUUACAGUAAACAUAAAGUGACUAUUGGAAGUUGAAAUCAGAAUCUCUAUUUGUUAUAUACUAAAAUAUGAUCUUUGAUACAAUAGAAAACUGAUGUAAGUUAUAUUAAGCUAUCCUAGUGUGUAUGUUUGUGUGUGUAUAGUACUCUAAUGACCAUGUUUGCACAUUGAUUUUUAUUUGACUUUUUAAAAUAGCUGUCAUUUUAGUAGUGAUGAUUGACAAUAAAAUACAUUCAUUCCUUACAUUAUAGUAAACCUGGGCAAAAACCUUUACAAUUGAGAUUUUUUAAGACAGAAAAAAUCUGCAAGUCUGCAUUUUAUGAGUAAAGCAUCCCUUUAAAAUUAUUAUUAUUUUUUUAAAUUGACCUGGUCUAACAUCCCUAAAGAUAUUAGUGGAGUGUGGUAUAAAAGGGCCAGUCCCUAUCCUUUCAAUCAGUUCAGUUUUAAGAGAAUGAAGAAAAAAUAUUUUUUCUUUUUUCUAUUAAGAAGGGAGCAGUUGCUUUUAAACACACUUUCUGAAUAUAAAAACUGUGGGAUGAAAAAGAACACCUGUUCAAAUAUUCAUUGAAAUCUCUGCAAUUUAUUAUUCAAGUACUAACUUUGGGCAGUGACGAAGGUCCAUAGUCCUGUGUUUUGUGAGGCAGCAGUUAAAACUGCUUGGAGGAAAUAACUGCUUCUGCAUGAGCUGUUCAAUGUCGAGGUUGGAAGGGACUGCAUAACCAUGGUGUCUGCACAUUAAUGCUGUUGUUGCUGACUUCCUCUAAGUUAUCAGUUAGUUAUCAGUUGCCACACAUGCUCUGUAAUCAGGGAAGAGAUUGAAUUAUUAUCCUCCUAAUUAAUGUAGUCUGAGAUUUUGUUUAGGAAUAAAAGAAGUGGAAUCAACCUUUUGAAUCAUCAGCUGGUUUCCUUGAAUUGGAAGCUUCCUUUAUCAAAUUAUUUGUUUUAAAGCUGAGUCAUCUUAGCUGUAUGCCAGCCUUGUAAACGCUUACUGAGAAGAGAAGUACUGCUGGCUUUCCUUUUGAUUGCUGAGAGUAAGAUCUGAGUCUCCUUGGAAUCGGUAGAACUCGGGUUCAGGAGGACCACUUGGGUCCUGCUUCAGAGUUGGGACUACUGACCUUUUGCUACAUAAAAUGGCAUUUGGGGUGCAGAGCCCGUGGCCAUCUGAAGCAGUAGGACCGUGCAGAACUACUGCCCGGGUCCCAAAAUCUGCAUAGCUGUGUUAGCAAAGUAGUGAACUCCAACUAGUCACUCCUGCCUCUCAGCACAGCCAGCUGGCUCAGCUGCCACCCUGCACUGAUGGGGCUAGCCAGGUGCCAGAGCUUGCUUUCAACGUGGACUAAAUGCUCUGUGCUAUUUCAGAAAGCAGGAAUGUGCUACUGGGUGUCUGUAGUUGUCCUCCCACAAAUUCCUGCACAUCAUAGGACUGGGGGAAGGCAGCAUCCUACUGCUCAGGGUCACACAGUAUUUUAUGACUAAAAACAAGCUGCAGCUGAGGUGUGGUGGAAGUGCGUAUGCUGGAAGUCUAUAUCUUACUACACUGUUGAUGAGAAACUGUAUUACUGAUUUUUUUUUUGCCUGUUCUAGAUAAUGUAACACACUGCAGCUGCUAGUAACACCUGAUUUUUCAUAUAUGGUGAAGGAGAAAGUUUUAGGCCUUCAUCUUUGUUUUUCAGUUGUGUUAAAACAUAGAAACACUGGUCCAGUCCCAGCACUCAGUGCAGUGUUUUUAUUGCUAAUGAUUUUAAGAUUUUGCAUGGUAAACAUUUUACUUGCAUUGCUUCCUUUCUUCCAGGUGUUUCAUGUUCCUCCUUUUUUUGUCUUAAAUGUCAGCAGGAGGACAUUUGGACACAGACCACAGUAAACACAAAAGUAAAAAGCAGGUACAGAAAAGCACUGCAGCCUUUGCUUUUCCUUGUUAUCCUCGUUUAACAGGUGUUCCAAACAGGGGUUGGUUUCCCUUUGAAAAUGUUUCAGGGGAAGAGCAUGAGAAAGUUUCCUACCAAUGUUUUGAUUGCAAAAUUCCAAAUUAAAAUCUUCAUUUCAAAGAGUGCUUUCGUUUUAGUUUUGGAAAUGGGAAAACUAAGUGUUUUUCUUGGGUUUCAAUUGUUUCCUCUUUCCUAGUCAUCAGUCCUUCUGUAGUUACAUGAAGGAGGCUCUGUGCAAUGCCUUGCUUGGGUUUUAUUUUGUUUUUGAAAUUUUGGAUAGCUGAUAAAUAGCUGAGGGCAGGGAGCAGAGAGAUGAAGUCCAGAAAUAGAUCUUGCUUUCUGCUUUACGCUUAUGCAUACUUGCUGUAAUUUCUGGGAAACCAAAAGGUUUCUAGGACUGAUACUUCAAUCUUUGUUUCACAUUAGACUUUAGGAGGACGUACAAUGUCCAUAAACUCUUUUUAAAUGGAAAAAGCUCCAGUGAGAGUACUUCCCUCUGAAACCUUUAGCUGUACAGAAUUGCCAGCACCAUCAGGAAGGUGAUCUGGCACUGUUGACUCAGGUUGCCUAGGUGGGUGUCAAGAUGACUAUCCCUAACAGUAGUGGUGUAGCCCUGUAGGUCUGAGGUGGCGGGGACUGAGUUGCUAAGAUUGAUUGCAUUGCAGUUGGUGAGAUGCCUUAGUCUUUUUAGCUGUGGGAAAAAAGAAGUGUCACUUGCAACCUGAAGAACCUCUGUAAUGACAGUAGAGAGAGGGGAAGGCUACCAUGACAAAAUAAGGUCUAAUUUAAGUGUGCUUUUAGAGCUGUGCUGUUACCCAAAGGGAGAGAAAAGCACAGAGCUGUGUAGCUCCAGAAUUUUGGAAUAUUUUACUGCUGAAAGAUGCUUAAUCAGUGUAAUUUGUUAAGAAAAAAAAAAAAAAACACUUUAUUUGAGAAAGUGUACUGAAAAAAAAGGGCUUAAAUAUUUUUUGUGUGAUGGAUUUAAAUGCCUUAUGUUAAUUGAACCCUAGGGGAUCUGAGUGCCUUGCUUUUGCCAAAGUCUGGGAUGCUUUAUCUAUGACUAGUUUCUCCGAGAAUGUAAAACAUAAGGAGUUAAAUGUGAUAAAGGAACUUUCAGGCACACAGUUUUAGAGAUGUUCCUCAAGAGAGCUGAAGUACAGUAUCAGAAUACUAAGAUCAGCUGUGACACACAGUAACUAUACUAUAAAAUGAUUAUUACAUUGUAAUACCUGUAUGUUAUACUGUGCGCUAACAAAGCCAUUUUUCAGAGGUUUAUCCACACGUUUCUGCAGGCACAGCUUAUUUUGUGCCUUUGAAAAAUAUUGUCGCAGCUGUCAAAGCUAUUUGAGGAAUUCUAUGCAGCAGCAGCACUCCCCUGUCUCUCUAAACCCUGCCCAACCCUUACUGAACCCCAUAGGCUACAAGCAAGACUCUUCAAGAAUUCAGGCUUGCACUUUGCCCCUGCUACAGAGAUAAAGCUACACCUCCAGCAACACAGGCAGAUGGAUAGACCAAGUUUGAGAAACAGAUCUACUGGAUGUAAAAGUAUUUGUCUUAAUGCAUCCACAUACAAGUUACCCUGAGCGGGUGCAGGCAGUGCUGGGCUGGGCUGCAGGUACAGCCUGGCCUUCACACUGUACAAGCCCUGUGGCUGCAGGAUAAACGCAGCUGGCUUGUGGUAACAGAGGAGCCUGCAGGCAGCUCCCAGUCGGUACCAGAAACUGUACCACCUGCAUGGCCUUGCCUUCAUCUAACAGUGCAGCAAGAAGGCCUCCGAGGGCUUCUUUUCUGUAGAAAUGAUUAAUAGAAUUGUUUACUUGCAAGCAAACAACGUGUAAUAGCUUGAAUGACCGAAAAGGAGGAGCUUCUCUCCGUGGAUGGGAUCUGUGCAGUGUGCUGUGGGAGAAAUCCAUCUGGGGUCCAAGUGAUGCUGCAUGAAUUUGGGGUUCCUUGUGUCUGAAGGGACAUAAGGUUUACUUGCUAUUGAUAUUCCUCUUGUUAUUCUAAGUAAAACAGCUAUUUUAUUAAGC